AUGCACGCACAUAAGAAAUCUUCUAAAUGGAAGGAUAUACAUAUUGCAAAGGAGUAUCUUGAUAAAUAUUACAGUAACAGAGGACGGUGGCAUGUGGCUGAAAUAAUAUCUGAUGACACGUCUAUGUCAAGGAAGAUUAAAAAAAUGCAAACGUUCUUUGGGCUCCAAGUAACCGGCAAAUUGGAUUACUCUACCAUCGCUGUGAUGAAAAGGCCUCGAUGUGGACUACCUGACGUGGCAAAUUAUCAUCUGUUUCCAGGAGAGCCAAAGUGGAAAAAGAGCACUUUGACUUACAGGAUUUCCAAAUACACAUCAAGCCUCAGUAAACAAGAUGUUGAUAGAGCUGUGGAUAUGGGUCUGAAAGCAUGGAGCGACGCUGCCCCUUUAAACUUUGUCAAAGCAAGUCACGGAGAAGCUGACAUCAUGAUAUCCUUUGAAUCUGGAGAUCAUGGGGAUUCAUAUCCAUUUGAUGGACCACGUGGUACCUUGGCUCAUGCAUUUGCACCAGGCGAAGGACUAGGGGGUGAUACUCACUUUGACAAUGCAGAAAGAUGGACAACUGGAUCAAAUGGGUUCAAUUUAUUUACUGUUGCUGCUCAUGAGUUUGGCCAUGCUUUAGGACUUGGACAUUCUAGUGAUCCGUCUGCUUUGAUGUAUCCAACCUACAAAUACCAACAUCCCUAUGGUUUUCGUCUGCCCAAAGAUGAUGUGAAAGGGAUUCAGGCUUUGUAUGGAACCAAGACACUUGAAAAGGGGAAACCGACAAUACCACAGCAACCUUCGUUUAAUCCAAAUUACUGUGAUCCAAACAUGUCAUUUGAUGCUGUCACUGGUUUAGGAAAUGAACUUUUAUUCUUCAAAGAUAGGUCCUUCUGGAGAAGACAUACGCAGGUGGCAAGCGUUAGACCCAGCUCUAUAGCAAGUUCGUUCCCGCAGCUAAUGUCAAAUGUGGAUGCUGCGUAUGAGAUUUCCGAGAAAGGAACAGCAUAUUUUUUUAAAGGCCCUCAUUACUGGACAACAAGAGGACUGCAAAUACAGGGGCCACCACGAGCAAUCUAUGACUUUGGGUUUCCUAGUAAUGUACAGAAAAUAGAUGCCGCGGUGUACUUAAAAAACUCAAGGAAGACACUUUUCUUCGUCGGUGAAGAUUAUUACAGCUUUGAUGAAGCAAACAGAAUAAUGGAAAGCGAUUACCCAAAAAGCAUUGAUGAUGAGUUUUCUGGCGUAGAAGGAAAGAUAGAUGCAGCAGUAGAAGUCAACAGAUUUAUUUACUUCUUUUCUGGCCCUAAAGCCUAUAAAUACGACACAGAGAAGGAAGAUGUGGUUAAUGUUGUGAAAUCAAGUUCCUGGAUUGGAUGUUGAGAAAAACUUUGACGCAUUCUGUUUGGAGAAUUGAGCAUCAAGCAGCCA